AGAAAAACAAUGGAGGUGGAGAAGAUACAGAAAAAUAGAAAGUUUUUUUCUUGGCUCCCUUGGAGUACUAAUAAGAGCUUGCCAGUUUCUUCUCCGGCACCGAAAAAUGGACACGACGAGGCUUCACCGGACACCAAAGCUGCGACCACCCAAAGAAAGCCUGGCGGAUGGAGAGCCAUGCCUUAUGUUCUAGGAAAUGAGACAUUUGAGAGACUAGCAACAGAUGGGAUAAUGGGAAACUUCACAAUAUUCUUGCUGACAGUGUAUCACUUGGACCAAGUUGCAGCUUCAAAUAUGAUGAGCAUACGGUCCGGUGUCACAAAUUUCAUACCCUUGCUGGGUGCCUACAUUUCUGACUCUUAUCUCGGCAGAUUUUGGACCAUCGCCUUCUCCUCUGUCGCCCAGAUUUUGGGAAUGCUGACAUUGACCAUAAUAACCCUGGUUCCAAGACUACGUCCACCGCCAUGCAACGACGUCGUCUCCCAUCCCCAGGAUUGCAAAGGCCCAACAAACUCGCAGCUUGGUUAUCUCUUCCUCGGCUUGGGCUUGCUCGCCAUUGGCACCGGUGGAAUCCGACCGUGCAAUAUCCCGUUCGGUGUCGACCAAUUCGACGCCACGACGGAGGAAGGCCGGAAGGGGAUCACCAGCUUCUUCAAUUGGUACUACACUUCUUUCACGGUGGUGCUUAUCUUCUCUUUAACGGUCGUCGUCUAUAUCCAAUCUUUCAGCUGGGCGCUUGGGUUCGGCAUCCCCACCGGCUUCAUGGUUUUCGCCAUCGUGCUGUUCUUUCUCGGUAGGCGCGUCUACGUUUACGUGAAGCCGCAGGGGAGUGUCUUCUCCGGCGUUGCUCAGGUGAUCGUAGCGGCGUUUAAAAAAAGGAAAGUUAAGCUCCCAGAUGAAGCCAGUGGGUAUUAUGAUCCUCCGUUUACAUCUCCCGUCGGGCGAAAGCUUCCCCUAACCAAUGAUUGCAGGUUUUUAAACAAAGCAGCGGUGAUAACAGAAGGUGAUUUGAACCCAGAUGGAACACCUUGUAGCAAGUGGAGACUAGUAAGCAUCCAUCAAAUGGAAGAAGUGAAAUGCAUAGUAAGAAUCAUCCCAAUCUGGGCAGCUGGAAUAAUAGGCUUAGUAGCCAUAGGACAACAGGGCACAUUCACAAUGUCACAGGCCCUAAAAAUGGACCGUCACCUCGGCCCCAAGUUCCAUAUCCCCCCUGGUUCACUCUUCGUCAUCCCCAUGAUCGGCUUGUCCAUAUGGCUCCCCGUCUACGACCGCCUACUCGUGCCCUGGCUCCGAAAAAGAACCAAAAUCGAGGGCGGAAUCACAAUGCUCCAAAGAAUCGGGAUCGGACUCGUCUUCUCGAUCAUAGGCAUGAUGGUGUCGGCGUUAGUGGAAAAAAAGCGGCGGGCUGCCGCCGUGACGCGCGGCGGCGUCGACGGGGUUGCCCCCAUCACCGUUAUGUGGCUCGCCCCGCAACUAAUCGUCAUGGGAUUCGCCGAGGCGUUCAAUAUUAUCGGGCAAAUUGAGUUUUUCAACAAAGAGUUCCCGGAUAACAUGACCAGUGUGGCCAAUUCAUUGUACUCCAUAACCGCCGCCGGCGCCAGUUACCUGAGCAUAUUGUUAGUGAACGUUGUGCACAAAACCACGGCGAGGGACGGCCACCCGGAUUGGUUGACUAAAGACAUAAACUCCGGCAGGCUGGAGAAUUACUACUUACUGAUUGCAGGUUUGGGUGUCCUGAAUUUGAUGUAUUUUUUGCCCGUUUCUCGUAGGUAUCAUUACAAGAGUAGAAUAAGGAUUGGUGAGGACGAUGAUCACAAUGAUAAUAUUGGACUAAAAGUGUAAAAUCUUAUAACAUCUUGAAAAAAAAAAAAAGUAAUAAUAAU